AUGGCAGCAUUGGUAGAAUCCGCAAAGAAGGUCGCCUCGUUUGUCGGCACAGAGGGCGAGUACAUGCUCCCCCACCACGCCAAAGAAAUCGAGCGACUGCGGAAGCAACAUGUAUUCAUGAACAGCACAACAGGCGGACAACUUCUCGUCGUUCCAUUGGUAACUGAACCUGGGGACAAGAAACUCCGAGUGCUCGACUCUGGUGCAGCAGAUGGAACAUGGCUUCUGGAUCUCCCCCGUCAGUUACCAACGUUCGACCUGGAGCUCUUUGGCGUCGAUAUCGGGUCGAGCCUCUUCCCACCAAAAUCGACUGCCGACCUGCGAGCUCACGAUAUCCGGACCCCAUUCCCCGAGUCUUGGAACUGGAAGGACAGCUUCGAUGUCAUUCACCAACGCCUUCUGAUCUGGGGAAUCAAAUCGGCAGAAUGGCCGACCGUCAUACGAAACCUCAGUACCAUUAUCCGACCCGGAGGCUACAUCCAACUCGUCGAAGCAGAAUGGAUCGAUCCCAACAAUCCCGCGUCGCCAGAGACACGACCCAAUCUGAGUAAACAGGCCGCAUUGCAGGUAUGGUCGACCGAGAGCUUCGAGAUGGACAUCAACAUUGCGUAUAAGCUCGAGGAUCUGUUAAAGGAUGCUGGCUUCGAGGACGUGACCAAGGUCCAGUUCGAUCAUGGAUACGGAGCGUUGGCCAGAGACCCGGAGCAGCGAAAUGUGUCGGCGGAGCUGUGGGUGGAUUGUUUUCGACCGUUGGGGGAGAAGAUCCCAGAUGGCGGGAUCCCGGGCGUGGCGGCCAACGCGGGGGAGUUUGCGGAGUUUAUGGAUGCGCUGGAGCUGGAGAUCAAGACGUUUGGGUACCAGCCAAAGCUAAAUUUUGUUUACGCAAGGAAGCCUUAUUAG